AUGCUCAAAAGCACAUAUACACCGACGUCUCUUCCGCCUCUGGCGCCAGGCUGGACAGAGCAUAAGGCACCCACCGGCCACACAUACUACUAUAACGCGGCAACCAAGGAAUCGACGUACAAACGACCGGCAGCAGCGCCCGUCAAGGCCCAGCACCAGGCUUUGCCGGGCUACCCGACCUAUGGAAACUUCCCAUCGCUUUCCGACCCCAAAGUGGCAAAUGCAUACCUUGCACAGUUCAAUAACCAAGGAUCGUCGCAGCCCAGGGGCGGCGGGCACCAGCGCGGCCGCGGCCGAGGGGGCAUGGAUGGAGGGCGACCCAGGCCCCAACCCGUGGACAAGCCUGUGCGCAAGGAGGCUAUCCCGGGCUUUGAGCCGUGGAUAAUAGUCUAUACAAAGUACUCGCGACGAUUUGUCCACGAUCCCGCCAAGAAGACGAGCUACUGGCGCAUACCGGAGAAACUGAUGCCCGGCAUUCUCGAGCUGGACAAGGCGAGGAUACGCGGCAAGGUUUUUGACGAGGCGCCCGAGAAGAAAAACGAUGCAGGCGAGGGAGAAAAUGACAAGGGCGACGAUUCAGAAUACGAAGAAGUCGAGUUGCAGGCCAUGGGCGAAGACUACGGCCUGGAGCCGGGCGAUUACGACGACGGCCACAUGGAUGAGUGGCCCGAGGGCGCGUCGGGAGUAGCCUUCUCAGAAGAGGACGCCAAGCUGCUCUUCAAGGACAUGCUCGAAGACUUUGGCGUGAGCCCGUACAGCCCGUGGGAGAAACUCAUGGAGGAAGGAAAGGUGGUCGAGGAUGCGCGGUACACGGCCCUGACGACGACCAAGGCGCGCCGCGAUUGCUGGGACGAAUGGUGCCGGGAGCGCAUCGCAGCGCUGAAGGAGGAGCGCGCGCGGCAGGAGAAGAAGGACCCACGCGUGGCGUACAUGGCCUUCCUGGGUGAAAAGGCCUCACCCAAGCUAUACUGGCCUGAGUUCCGCCGCAAGUACAAGCGCGAGCCACCCAUGAAGGAUCACAACCUGUCGGACAAGGAUCGCGAAAAAGCCUACCGUGAUCUCGUCAGCCGUCUCAAGCUGCCGCUAACCACACGGAAAGCCGACCUCACGGCUCUCCUCAAGGCCCAACCUCUUCAUGUCCUCAAUAAUCGCUCUUUGGCCAAAGGUCUGCCCACGCAGCUGCUCGUCGACGCACGGUACGCCGCCCUCGAGCCCGCUGCGCGAGACCCCCUCGUCGAGGCCUACGUGCAGAGCCUGCCGCCACCACCCGAGGAUCUGGACAAUGCCCAGGCCGCUGAAGAGGAGCGCAAGAAGCGCCAACGCAGAGAAAAAGCCCUUGAGGAGCGCAGCAGGGCUGCCGAUGAGGCAAAGAGACAGCACGAGAGGGACAUAGCGAGGAGCAAGGCCCGACUACGCGAGGGGGAGAGGGAAUUGGAAAUGGCCAUGAGAGUUGGCAAGGAUGGUCUGCGGAGCCACUUUGUGAACGACAAGCCUUUGCAGUAG